UAUAAAAUAAGAGGUAUACCCAGGAAAAAACUGUUAUUUACGCUAUUCAAGGGUUUAACCGUGGAUUAUACUAAUGCAUUAAAACGAUGAAUGACUAUUUCAGUGUUAUCGACGAACUUGAUCCAGCGACAGACGAAGAGGAACCCUUGAGCUCGCCUAUGUUAUCAGACGAAUCGGUGGGGAAGAUUGCGGGAAAGGUUAGCGAAUUAUCGGUUCCUUCGCUAAAACAGGCAAUAGUAGAGGCAUUAGAUAGUGUCCGGAGACACGACAUAAAAAUCAAUGAGAGUAGUGUGGAUUCUCAUAAGAAAUUAGGAGAAAAAGUUAGAAAACUUAUUUCCACUGUGGAACAAGGAAGGGCUGAAUAUAAAAGGAGCCAUGAUGAGCUGGUUAAAGUUAUAAAAGACCUUUCCAAUGCAAGGGCUGAGGAUAAACGAAGCUUUGAGCUAUUACAACGUAGGAUUGAAGCUUUAUCCCAAGCCCAAGAAGGAGAAGUAGU